GCGGGCGGCCCUGCCCGGGCUCGGGCGGCGCAGUUUCACUUUCUGUGCCUCUCGCUGCGUGGAGUGGGAAAUCAAAACUAAGCGGCGGAGUGGGCGCUGCUGCCCUCUGACGCAGCCGGCGAGAAGCGCGGCGGAGCCCGGUGGAAGCCGCACUCGUGCGAGGAGCACCGUCGCGCCGGCAGGCUGCCCGCCGGCUGCCCACCUCGUCGCUGCGCAGGACGGCGCCGGGCGGCCCCGCGGGGCUGCGGGGCUGCCUGCGCGCCGCAGCUGCGGGCUAGCGCCGCCGUGCUCCCCCGGCUGCGGGCCGUCUGCUCGCGCUUGCCGUGGCCGUCUGAGGGUCUGCCGGGGCUUAACACGUCCAUGGUCCUUCGGGAGUUUGUGAGAAGCCUUUUCGACGGGUUAUCAGUCCUUGUGUUAUUGUUGAUGGGCCAAGGAAGUGGACGUCAAGAAAGAAGCAAGAAACUGGAGCUGGCAACAAGUGAGACCAUGCAGGCAGAAGCAGACGUACAAAGUGAUAAAGAGGAGGCUGAAGAGACAAAGACCAGAGAUGAGAGGCUGAGAUUGGUCUUCGGCAUGGCAGACUUAAAAAAUAAAGCUAUUGGACUGUACAAUAUUGGACAGACCUGCUGUCUGAACUCCCUGCUCCAAGUGUUCCUCAUGAAUACACACUUCACUGGGACACUGAGAAGGAUCACAGUACCACCAAGUGCCUCACAGAAGAGGAGGAGUGUCCCAUACCAAAUGCUCUUGCUGCUAGAGGAGAUGCAGUGUGGCAAGCGGAAAGCUGUUUGUCCCAGGGCCCUUGCUUGCUGUCUUACAGAACACAGGGUGAAAUUGUUUGUGCAGUACGAUGCUGCUCAGCUCCUUCUGACUCUCUGGAACUUGGUAAACAAGCAGAUGACAAACCCAGAGCUGAUUGAAAAACUGAGGGAUUUGUACACUAUCUGUGUACAGGAGUGCAUGCUAUGUCAAGAGUGCUCUUCUGAAACAAAGAGAAACAGCAACAUGAUAACCCUUCCACUCUCAAUGUUGGAUUCUGGUUGUCACCUGCUGAAGACAUUGGAGGAGUGUCUGCAAUACUUUUUCUCUCCAGAAUUGCUGACUGGUCCCAACAUGUGUUUCUGUGAACACUGUGGAAAGAAAACACCUUUUCUGCAGAGCAUGAAGCUAGUCCAUCUGCCACAGACCCUGAUCUUACACCUAAAGCGCUUCUGCCUCAGAAAAUCAGCCUCCAUCCACAAGCUUUGUCACUAUCUGCCCUUCCCACAAGACCUUGAUUUCAGUGCAGUCUUGACAGAAGAGCAGUGUCAAGCAGAUGCCAGUGAAAAGGCUUCCUGGCAGUAUGAACUCUUUGCCGUUGUUGUUCAUUCAGGAUCAACUGAUUGUGGACACUACUGUGCCUAUAUUCAGAGUCUCACAGAACGCAAAUGGUACUGCUUUGAUGAUUCUGAAGUUUGCCAGGUAUUGUGGGAUGAUGUCAAAUGCACCUAUGGACAUUCAGACCUUCACUGGGGACAAACGGCCUAUCUCUUGGUUUACAUGAAAAAGAAUUCCUAGUAGCCUUAUCCAGGACUAUCAGAGUGUCUUAGGAAGCUGUGCCUGCUGCCCUGACUUGUCUGUGGAGCUCAGCACCUCCAUGCCACUGUGGAUGCGCACAGACGUUCAAUGAGAGAGACCUGCAAUCUCUGCCUUCACUUUUAUUUAUGAAAGUGUAGGAGAGACUCAGCUAGAGAAGGGUUGUAAGCAUUGCUGCAUCUAGGAAUGUUUUCUUUCAUGGCAUAUGAUUAUUUAUUUACUGUGACCUGGAUAUUUUUAUGAUUCUAUGUAUGACUUUCCUCUUAAAACAUAGUAAAGUUAGUCCUUGUCCCUGCAGACUUACUAGUUUCUUUCACUGCUCAUGCCUACAUUCCAAUACAGGGGAAGUUUCUGGCUGGGAAGCUGGCAUGUUGUUCCAGGAGGACAUGUGGUGUGGCUGUGAUAGCCAUACCUAGAUAGUAAGACUGUAAGAGCUUGAAGCUUACCCUGCUGCUCUAGGGCUAUGUUAGGCACUGGCAAGCUGAACAAAGGACCCCAAAAGUCUUCAGAAAGAGCUGAAACCAGAGCCAGGGCCCUUAUGAUGCACAGAUCAGCAACAUCUAUUCCUAAGAACCUUCCUAAAAAUGAGUCACUGCAGUGUUUGAGAUGUGACCGAAAGUUAGUGUCAGCAUAGAGGUGGUUUUGAAUCAAGAGCUGUUACAAUAUUUCUGGUCUACAAGAUGAGCUUGCAUGUGUUUAUGCAGAUGCUUACAGUUUUAGCAUGCUAAACAGGCAUUUAUAUGCAUUUUCUUGCUUUAUGGGGGAGCAUAUUGAGAGGGAUAGAGAUUCCGAAGCUACUUGGUGAUUUUCCACAACACAUUCUGUGCACUGUGAUAAGAGGAGAAAACAGAUGCCUCUUUGGCCUGAACUUUUGGGAUUUUCCUUUAGUACUUUUCAGCUUGUUGCUAACAAGAAUUGUCUUGCUCCCUUCCUUCUCUGCCCAUGAAGUGGAAAUGUCCCUCAAGCAGAAAGUGUUCUGUAGAGAGCAAUUUUAUAAAUUAAAAUGAGUCAUUUUUUUAUCUCCGGUUAAGCACUGUCAUUUUGUGCUUUUGGUUCAGCCUGUGCUCCCAUGGCAAGACCAUGCAGCUGAAGGGAAAAUGCAGAAGGAGCUAGGAAGGAAGGUUGGUAAGCUGUGACAGUCAGAAGAGUAGCAUUCUUAAAUCUCAUCACAAGAUUUAUCCAUAAGGAAAGUUUAAAAGUUUGGUUAUGAUGCUUUUAAAGCACUCAUUAUGCAAGUUUUGAGGUACUGCCUUCUGUGAAAGGGUCAGUGAUUCCAAUAACGUGAUGUCUAAAAAUACAUUCUAGCCUAUCAGUGUUCUUUGACACUAUCUUUGACGGAAUACCUUUAAAAAAUAAGAAUUGAAUAAUAAUAGUGUCUCUAUAUAAUCUCAUAUACUUUGAUGAUGAUGAUGAACUUCCCAGAUCAUGUCUGUUUUCUGUUGGUAGGUGGAAAGUGAUUGGAGAGUGCUUAAAGCAUAGCUGUGAAAUUUAAUUAUUAUGAACUAGCAGGUAUUUAUUUCACUGUAUUAUCAAGAUUGGUUAUUCUGUCUGACUUGUAUAUUCUUGUAUUCUUAUUGUUUAUUCUGCAGAACGCUCCCCCCCCCGCCCCGAUUUAUUGUUUGUGACUAGGAUGAGGAGUUUUAAGCCUAUUCAUUUUGAGGAAUACUUUACACACUUUCUAAAGCAUCUUGCAGCCAGUGAGUAAGAAAAGCAAGUUCCCAUGUACUUUAUCCAGUACUCUGUAUAUGUGAAAUAGCUGAAGGACGGUGAACUGCCAGAAAUUGGGAAAUUAAUGGGUUAAGAGACAGACAAAAUUUUUCUGAUUUGGUAUAAUCUGAAUUUUAAAAACAAGCUUUCAUGUUUAUGAAAAAAAUGCCUUAAAUAUGUUAUAACCUUCUAUGCACAUCACUCGGUAAGAAGACAUUUGUUGACAUACAUUAAGGAUCUUUUCAGUCAAUGCUUGUGUGAAAAAAAACAAGCUUUUUCUUCUUUGAAUAAAAUAGUAUGGGACAAGUUCCCUUGGAAAUAAA